AGAUAGUGAGAGAGUGAGAGACAGUGGGAGGAGGAGGAGGAAGAGGAGGAGGAUGUUUUUCUGUAGUAGGAGGCAGGCAGGCUGAGCGUGCCUCACUGCAGUGCCCUACAGAACGAGCAGCACUGCUUCAUCCUGCUCUCUCUGUCAGACUACUGCUGCUGCUCACUCGGCUGUAGAGCUCAGACACACACACACCCACACAUUCAGACAUACACACACUCUGGUCUUUCUGGGAUAGACACCAGCUACUCUCAUCCUCUCUCUGCAUGACUGUCACAAAGAUGUCAUGGCGCCCGACCUACCGAAGCUCCAAGUUUCGAAACGUCUAUGGCAAAGUUGCCAACAGGGAGCACUGCUUCGAAGGGAUCCCCAUCACCAAGAAUGUCCAUGACAACCAUUUCUGCGCCGUCAACAGCAAGUUCCUGGCCAUAGUGACAGAAAGCGCCGGAGGAGGGGCCUUCAUCAUUAUCCCAGUCACUCAGUCCGGCCGUAUCGACCCUCACCACCCAAAGGUCUGUGGUCACCAAGGCAACGUGCUGGAUAUCAAGUGGAACCCUUUCCAUGAGAACAUCAUCGCUUCCUGCUCAGAAGACUCUUCUGUUCGGAUAUGGGAGAUUCCAGAUGGUGGCCUGAGGAGGAACAUGACUGAAGCUGUACUGGAGCUGUAUGGUCACAGUAGACGAGUGGGUCUUAUAGAAUGGCACCCAACCAGCAGCGGCAUCCUGUUUAGCGCAGGAUAUGACUACAAGAUCCUGAUCUGGAACCUGGAGAUUGGUGAGCCGGUGAAGAUGAUCGACUGCCACACAGAUGUGAUCCUUUGCAUGUCUUUCAACACUGAUGGAAGCCUGUUGGCCACUAGCUGUAAGGACAAGAAGCUGCGGGUCAUCGAACCCCGUUCAGGACAGGUGCUUCAGCAGGAGGGGAACUGCAAGAACCACAAAGUAAACCGUGUUGUGUUCCUGGGCAACAUGAAACGGCUCCUAACAACAGGGGUGUCCCGCUGGAACACACGACAGAUUGCACUCUGGGAUCAGGAGGAUCUGUCUAUGCCAUUAAUAGAGGAGGAGAUAGAUGGCCUAUCUGGGUUGCUCUUCCCUUUUUAUGAUGCAGACACACACAUGCUGUAUCUGGCCGGCAAGGGUGACGGUAACAUUCGAUACUAUGAAGUGACUACAGAGAAGCCUUACAUGCAGUACCUCAUGGAGUUCAGGUCUCCUGCACCUCAGAAAGGACUCGGUAUAAUGCCUAAACAUGGCUUGGAUGUGGCAUCCUGUGAAGUCUUUAGGUUCUAUAAGUUGGUGACACUAAAGGGAUUGAUCGAGCCCAUCUCCAUGAUCGUGCCUAGAAGGUCGGAGACGUAUCAGGAAGACAUCUACCCCAUGACUCCAGGAACAGAAGCCUCUCUCUCCGCUGAUGAGUGGCUCAGUGGUGUCAACCGAGGGCCAGUGUUAAUGUCUCUUAAGGAGGGUUACAGCAGACCCAGUAAGCUGGUGUUCAAGGCCCCAGUGAAGGAGAAGAAGAGUGUGGUGGUGAACGGGAUUGACCUGCUGGAAAAUGUGCCUCCCCGCACUGAGAAUGAGCUCUUGCGGAUGUUCUUCAAGCAGCAGGAUGAGUUGCGGCGGCUGAAAGACGAGCUAGUGCAGAAGGACGUUAAAAUACGACAACUGGAGCUAGAGCUGAACAACCUGAGAAACAGUCCGAACAUCAACAACCGCAACAACAAUAACAAUAGCAGUGACAACAGCAUGUGACCAGGGUCAAGCCCUUAUAAAUUAACUCGUAGUACUGCUGAACAUCCUCCUGGAUACCCCUCUCUUAUAUCCCACAAGACCAAGCGUUUGUCUCCACCAAGCAGUGUCUCACUCUGAUCCUAACUGUUGAUGCCUUUAAUGCUGUCAGACUCUAUUGGGGUAUAAGUUGACCCCUUUAUCACUAAAACCUCUCACACCUUAUGGCCUGUGUUCACUGCUGCUUUCCCAGCAGCAUCAGUAUACCUACGGCUCAAAUUCACAAACAAAUAUAAAGAUCUGCAGAAGAAAAGUAGUUCAAAGGGACAAAAUAUUCUUUACUAUUUCUUCCUGCUACUUAACGCUAUUAAUUGUAUUUUAAUAAUUUUUACAUUUAUGUUCUCUCUUUCUCUGUCUUUCACCUUUAUCUAUUUUCCUCCGCAGUUGUGGAUAUGUGGGCAGCCAAAUUUGCAGUAUUGGAUUAGAAUGGUUUUGACAGGUUAUUUUCAUACAAGCCAUUAACUGUAUUAUAAUUUCUGUGUGUUUUCUUUAUAAUUGUAAUUAUUUAUUUUGUUCUAUAAGUUUUCCCCAUAUAUGUAUUGUUUUAAAUAAUUAAGCUCAUCUCAUCUUUAACCAUGGAUGUACUGUAGAGACAGAGAUCACUAGCUGGUCAACCAAAUAUGUCUUCUAGAAGUCAUUCUACUUGUCUUGUCUUUUUUUUGUCUUAGAAUUUUGAAGAUUCAAUAAGUAUGAUUUACUUGGGAAGGGAUUUUGAAUGAAUGCUGCAGUUUGUAGUGUUUAUGAAUCAUAUCUCUGCAAUACAAUUUGACUUGUAAUUGGA